UCUAUAGGCUCUAUCACAAAAUAAGUAGUGCUUUGUUAAAAACAAUUACUGUUAGCUAAAAUGCCAUUGAAGAAUUACAAUAAUUUAAAUUUUGACAGUCAUAUAAUACUUUUGUCACAUUUGAUCACGUUUUGAAUUUGAGUAUUAGUUUGAGUUGGUUUUUCAGUGUUUCCUUCGUUUGCAUUUGUUUCCAUCAUGGUUAUUCAUUGUUUAAUGCACUGCACCGGUUUCUCGAGUUAGUAUAUAUUGAGGCUAUUUUCAGUAAGUCUUUGUUCUGUUCUCAUCUGUAUAUGAUGGUUAUGUUUGUGCUUUUAGAUCUACUUGUAUCCUGAGUAUUUUUGUCAUUGAAUAGCCUAUAUUCUAUUGAACCAAAUUAAACUGAUUCCUGGAAUAGCACAUCAGACUAUUAUAGUAUCCAAUUCUAUAACAUUCUUUAACAUCACUGGAAAAAUAUUGUCAGUACUCCAGGAAUCCUGAUUUCCUACCAGGAAGUAACAGUAUGUAUCUGGGAUGCUUUUGAGUUUUAGUAAACCAUAUCCUUCCCAAUUGCCUUUAAAGGAAUAUGUACCCCCAUCUAAAUAUGGGCAUGUGCUCGAUGGAUUUCAAGGAAUGUCCAAGCACUACAAACUUGUGCUGACAGUCCAUCGCGUCUCGCGCUGCUCCUUGCGUUUCUUUCACAUCCAGAAAGGCUUAAAUUUGACUAUUUUCCUAGUUUUUCGUCUUCACUUUCUAAUCUUGACAGCUCUAUUUCAAAAGGUAAAAUAACUGAAAAAUACACAGAUAUUUUAAGCAAAUUCUACACAAGUUUGUGUCAUUAUUGAACGCAACUAUGUCCCGGAGGAAGGUGAGGGGACUCACUAAAACCGGGCGACAGGUGAGCGAGGACCCGGACCUCGACAGUUUGCUGUCAAACCUGUCACCCGAAGAAAUGGAGGAGCUGCAGAAAGAGGUAUCGGUUGUUCCCGAUCCAGAUCCGAGUGAAAUAAUCGUUGUGGACCAAACGGAUUUAAAACCAACCGCGCCAGUUAAAAAGGAAUCGCAGUCGAGCAGCCAGACCGAUGAUUUCAAAUCCCGCUUCCAGAGAAACCUGUCAACAGAGGGAGAGCCGAAGAAGGAGAGCCGGAAGCAAGAGUACCUGCGUAAGAUGGGCCUGAGCCAAGAGAAGAAUACCUCCACGUCUGACAGCAGAGACGGAGGACUUCAGAGGACCCCCUCCACCUCUUCCUUCCCUAAACGUGAUGGUAGAAUGGAAGACAGGACACGCAGAGUCACAGAGGGCACCAACGAUGACAAAUCUGGCCCAUCUGCCCUUUCCAAGAAGGACGAGGAGAGUGAGAGAAAAGUAGGGGUGAAAGAACAAAAUGAUGGAAGUAAACUCAAAGAUAGAAGAGAGAUGAGAGAAAGUAGCAGCAGCAAAACCAAAGAAUUAAUUUCUAAGCUUCAGGAGAAAAAGGAGGAUGGUAAAGAGAAAAAUAGAAAGGAAGACAAUCGGAAAAGGGAAUCUGGGGAAAGUAGAGCAAAGGAGAUGAUUUCUAGGAUAAAGGAAAAAGAGGAGAAGGAAAGGGAGAGAAAGGAAGAGAUUAGAAAGAGAGAGGAGAAUAAGACAAAAGGCUAUACGUCGAAGUUAGAGGAAAAGCAAAAUCAGGUUCUAGAAGACAAGACGAAAGAAGAGAAGAAGGACCAGGAUGAAAAACAAAUAAGAAGGUCAAGUGAAAAGACGAAAGAGGGCCCCACAUUGGAAUUGAGGGGACUUGCUGAAAAUAAAGAGAAAGAACCUGAAACAGUUCCUGAAAAUGUGAAGAAGCCGCAGGAAUAUAAUGCAAAAACGAGCGAUAAGGGAAGAGGGGAUGUUCAGAACCAAAAUGAAAUCGUAAAUGAAAUUCAUGAACCCAUCAAGGAAGAGAACAUUGGAAACUGUGUCUCAGACACCAUUUCAAAAAAUAAGACCAAAGAGGAGGAAGAGGAGGACGAGUCAGCCAGCAUGUUUGAUGAAGAUCUUGAGAGAGUUCGUCGCAACGAUCCGGGCAUGACUGAUCUCAAUGUGAACAAUUCUGAGGUCAUAAAAACCAAAACGCUUAUUCAGUUCGCCGAGGCCUUGAAAAACAACACACACAUCAAAGCGUUUUCUUUGGCUAACUGCCGCGCCGAUGACCAUGUGGCUUAUGCUAUUGCCGAGACCUUACGCAAUAACAAAAGCGUCACUAGUAUCAAUUUGGAUUCCAAUCUUCUUACUAGCAAAGGCAUCAUGGCCCUGAUCCAUGCCCUCCAACACAACUCCACACUCACUGAGCUACGCUUCCACAACCAGCGACACAUCAUCGGAGGAAAGUCUGAGAUGGAGAUGACCAAAAUCUUAAAAGAAAACACAACUCUUCUGAAACUGGGCUACCACUUUGAGUUAGCUGGUCCUCGUAUGACCAUGACCAAUAUUCUUAGUCGCAAUAUGGACCGUCAGCGACAAAAGCGGCUGCAGGAACAGAAGCAGGCUCAAGCCCAAGGUGCUGGAGACAAGAAAGACUCAUUAGAAGUUCCAAAACCCGGCUUUGGUAAAGGCUCCCCAAGAGGCUCGCCCAGGCCUUCUCCUAUACCUUCUCCCAUACCGUCACCCGCCCCGUCGCCCAAGUUGACCCAUAAGAAGAGGGUUAGUGGGCUUGGUGGUGGACCACCUCCGCCACCACCUCCGCCUGGAGGACCACCACCACCUCCACCUCCAAUGCUAGAUGGAGAAUUCCUGAAGAACUCCCUGACGCCCGUGUCACAGAGGAAGCUUGACGAUAGGAGUGGAGGAAGAGGAGGAGCUCAAAAUACAAGGGACCAACUUCUUGCUUCCAUUAGGGGCAGCAAUAUCAAACAGCUCAAAAAGGUUGAAUUACCAAAGCUCUUGCAGUAAGCCAGCAGUGCAGAGAGAUAAACAUGAAUGAAGAAAAAAGACAGGAAUGAAAGGACAGACAUCUCACAGACCUUGAGAAGAUCAACACUCAGAAUCUUCCAUACAGAGUCUUUUCUGCUGCCCUACAGUAUGGAAGAUUGGUAUAGGCUUGUAUAGACGGUGAUAUUCCAUUGAUUGCACAGCUUCUGCCCAGAAGUCUUUGUACAAAAUACACUGGACGAUAGAAAGAAAGAGAAGUGUGGUGCAGUCAUGGGUGCUUAGAGGCUUCGAUGACCUAUGGAACUGCAGAGUUGAUGCCUAGCUUGUCAUUUGCACUAAAUUUCAUGAAUCAUUUCAUAUGAUAGAUUUACUAGUGUGUGUUUGGUACAGUAUGUAUGUGGAUGUUGAGUAGAUGUUUGUUUCUGCAGUAGAAUUGGAUCUUCUUACAGCUGACUGAACUGAGCUAUGUAAGAAUAAAAACAGUCACCUGGAUUUUAUCCUGGUAUUUUGGGUUCGGGAAUCUCUAUAGUAAAAGCUCUUGCUGAUCAGGGAUUAAAGGUGGGAUUCUAAUAUAUAUUAAAAAAAACAAAUAAAUAAAGGUAUUGUUUCCAUGGUACUACAGAUUCUUCAAUACCAUAUAUUUUGAAUGAGUGAAUGUGAAUGAGAACAGGAUUACAGCAUUUAGGAGAAAGGGAUGGAUAAUCAGAUCUAUGUGAAUAUGGCUGCAUAAA